UAAGAACAGCUCAAGAGCUCUGUUUGUUCACACAAUACAUUGUUCUAGCACAUUUAGUUGUUAGAUCUAGAGAAAUAUUAAGUCUUCUCUUUGGGACACAUUUUGUCAUUAAAUAUAGAGAAAUAGUAUUAAAUCUUCUUUUUGGCCAUCGGUUUCUAGAGUCUUUGUAUCACCGUGACCUACCCAAGUGUCUCAAAACGCACGUUUGGGAUUCGAAAUGGCACUUUUGUAAAUAUAAGGGUGCUAAAAGUUUCCCUUUUAUAUUCUUCCCCUUCGUUAGCUCUCUCUCAUUCACUGACCAAAGUAAAGAGAAACAAUGGCGUCUUCUUCUCUUGCUACAUUGCCCCAAGUCUUACCUUCCUCAUCAAUCAAACGUUCUUCUUCCUUGGCUCCUUUCCAAUCUUCUUCUUUCCUCAAAAUCAACGGUUCCACUUCCUUCAUCCCCUCCUCUAUCUCCCUCACUUCACGUGGCACAUCCUCCACGACCAUCAUCCCACGUGCUGCCGCUGCAGGAUCCGACUCUAACGAAGCCAUAGCCAACACCACCUUUCACGGUCUCUGCUAUGUCUUGAAAGACAACAUAGACACCGACCAGAUCAUCCCAGCAGGAGCCGCUUGCACUUUCCCAACGAACCAGCAAGAACGUGACGAGAUCGCUGGUCACGCUCUCUCCGGUCUCCCAGACUUCCACAAAACCCGGUACGUUGAGCCAGGAGAGAACAGAUCAAAGUACUCGAUCAUAAUCGGUGGAGAAAACUUUGGUUGCGGAUCGUCACGUGAACACGCUCCAGUUUGUCUUGGAGCAGCUGGAGCUAAAGCCAUAGUUGCUCAGUCUUACGCAAGGAUCUUUUUCCGUAACUCAGUGGCUACAGGAGAGGUGUUUCCGCUAGAGUCAGAGGUUAGAGUAUGUGACGAGUGUAAGACUGGAGACACGGUGACGAUCGAGCUGACUGAAACUGGUGGUUUGUUGACUAAUCACACAACCGGGAAAAACUAUAAUCUAAAGUCGAUCGGUGAUGCAGGACCGGUUAUUGACGCUGGUGGUAUUUUUUCUUAUGCGAGAAUGAUGGGAAUGAUUCCAUCAUUAACUUAAAUCAUCUUCCGCAACAUCGACAAUGUUCUCUGUUGUAUGCACAAGUCUCUGUUUUCGAAUAUGUGUGUUUUAGAGUUCUCUAUUUUUAACUUGUUUCUCUGUUUUGUAAUAUUGGUGUUGUUUUGUUUACCUAAAGAAUAAGAAAUCAAAAAGGUCAUUCUGUUA